AUGGGCCUCUACCGUGGUUUUCUUCUCAUUGCUGCGAUCCUGUUGGUUGCAGUGGUAGACUCAACCCCCGUUGAGGUGCCAGCUUCCGCUCGCGCUCUUGAAAGCGGCACCCCAGCCACGAAGUUCCUGCGAACGGAUACGACGGGAGAAGAGGAAGAAGUGAGAGGUCCCAACUUCGGGUUCUCCAGCUUGAAGACCCUUGUCAACUCGUUGAAGCCGACGAAGCGAAACCAGCUCGCGCAGCUGCUGAAGAGCCACCAGAGCACUGAUGACGCCUUCGCGUUCCUCAAGCUUGACGCUGUCGGGGACCAGAUUCUUACUAACCCCGCCUUCAACGUGUGGCGAAAGUACGUCUCGAAGAUCAGCGGGUGGAACGCAGACGACGUCGUGAUGACAAACUGCAGAAGCAGUACGGAGACGCUGAGCUUGCAGAGUUGCUCCAAGUAG